AUGUCUUUCCCAAACAACAGCCCUCUGACCGGCUUCCUCCAGCUGGCCCCGACUACUUCCAACUCUUACCCUCAAGUUCAGAGGUCACAGCAGCCCAAGACUGAGGUCGAGCCUGCCGCCUCCGCCGCCGCCGUCCCGGCAGAGUCCAACGACGCUACAGCCAGCCCUCAGCCUGUUCAGCGCCGCAGCUCAAGCCUGAGCAGCAGCAGCAGCAACGAAGGCAUGCGCUUCCUCAAGCUCGGUCCCGUCCACUGGGGAGAGCACAUGGAGGACCACCAGGGUGACUUUGCUGUCGAGUAA